AUGGAGACUCAUGCCAAACACUUGGAACUCACUCUAGGAUUACUUAAGAAGCACAGCUUAUUUGCUAAAAUGAGCAAAAGCUCUUUUGGGCAAAACUCAUUGGAGUAUCUUGGACAUAUCAUCAGUGGAGAAGGAGUUGCUGCUGAACCCAGUAGGGUGGAAUGCAUGAGUAAGUGGCCCAUUCCAAAGACCCUUAAGGAGCUGAGGGGAUUCUUGGGAUUAACUGGGUACUACAGAAAAUUUGUACAAAAUUAUGGAUUAAUUGCCAAACCAUUGACUGAGUUGCUGAAGAAAAACAAGUUUCAAUGGAGCUCAGAAGCCACCAAUGCAUUUGAACUACUCAAGGAAGCUAUGACAUCCACUCCAGUACUCAUCCUUCCUGACUUCAACAAGUCAUUUGAUAUAGCCACAGAUGCCAGUGAUUUAGGAGUAGGAGCUGUGCUGAUGCAGGAGAAAAGACCAAUUGCCUUCUAUAGCAAAUGA